UCUCUCUGUUGGCCGUCCUCCUCCUCCCACACAGCCCAGUAUAAACAUUUCUGUCGCGGGAAGACACUCCCCAACUAGCCGCCCUGAGGUCAGCCGCAGGGACCCGUCCAGGAGCGGGAGGAGGAGGGCAGAGAUGGCGCAACACACCGGCCAAACUUUUCCGGACAUCGUGGAGCUCAACGUGGGCGGUCAGGUGUACGUGACCCGCCUGGAGACCCUGACCGCGGCGCCCAAAUCCCUCCUGUGGGCGAAGUUCACCCAGAGCUCCCCGGCGGAGCUGCCCAAAGACAGCAAGGGCCGCUUCUUCUUCGACCGGGACGGCUUUCUGUUCCGCUACAUCCUGGACUACCUGCGGGACUCGGAGCUCUCCCUGCCGGAGUUCUUCAAGGAGCGGAAGAGGCUCCAGAAGGAGGCGGACUUCUUCCAGCUCCCGGAGCUGUCGAGGCUCCUGGCGGCCGUCAGCAAGGACAGCCCCUCCACGGAGGACAGCGGGGAGCCGGAGGAGACCGAGCCCAGCAGCCCGGUCACCUCCUCCUCCUCCUCGGACAGAGCCCCGCGCUCCCCCGGGGCCGCCUCCGGCUACAUCACCGUGGGCUACAGGGGCAGCUACACCAUCGGCAGAGACAUCCAGGCGGACGCCAAGUUCCGCAGGGUGGCCCGGAUCACSGUCUGCGGGAAGAUCUCCCUGGCGAAGGAGGUCUUCGGGGAAACUUUGAACGAGAGCCGAGACCCGGACCGGCCGCCGGACAAAUACACGUCCAGGUACUACCUGAAGUAUAACUUUCUGGAGCAGGCGUUCGACCGCCUGUCGGAGGCCGGUUUCCACAUGGUGGCUUGUAACUCCACCGGGACCUGCUCGUACGGAAGUAACGACCCGGGGGAGGACAAACUGUGGACCAGCUACACCGAGUACGUGUUCAGCCGGUGAGCAGGCUGCAGAGGGCGGGUCCUCCUCCUGACCUGCACCGGCCCACACCUGGACAGACAAUCAUCUACAGACCUGAUUAUAAUUCCUUCACAUUCAGCUUCUUUUGUCUUUUAACCGUCAGCUUUGUGAGCUGAACCAGAGUUCAGAUGUUCUGCCAACAUAAAUCUCAUAGCAGCAAAAACAACAUGGACUUUUCAGAGUUAUUUUUCCGGCCCAUCAGGCCUCAUAACCUUUAUGGCUUUCAGAGGCUGUUUUGUUCUUUAAGUUCAUGGUGAGAAGUGUUCCCCGGGGCGGCAGAAAGGUUAGGAGGAGUAGAUGUGUGAUUCCUGCUUAUUGUGGAGAGUGGCGGAUCUGCACAGUCCAGUCUCUUUCUAUAAUGCUUCAGUCUUUCAGGUUGUGAAUGUUUUCUUCUUAUUAUUAUUAUUUUUAUUAUAUCAACACUUUUCCUUCCAGAUAACACAGUGAAAUGUGCAUUCUGUUGCUCUGAGCUGCUGUACAUGUUCUCUUCUUUGAUAUGCGGCAAAUAAAGUGUGACUUUGUAACACCA